CAGAGAUAAAAGUUUUAUAUUGAAAAGUAGCCCUUGACCAAGGGCAGUGCGAAGAUAUAACAGCAAGGUGCAAGUACCUCAGAAAUCGGAGAACAUAAAAAAUCCGAAAAUCUUUCCACCACUUUUUGAAAACUGGGCGGGAACUGCGAAGUAGUGAAGUCUGUACUUUCUCACUAUAUAUCCAUUAUUGAAAAAAAGCAAACUGUAAUAGUCUAAAGUAAGAAAUACAUAAGGAGAGAAAGUUAAUUGAAGUGCAUUGUAAUUUGGAUGGAUUUUGACCGAGUUAUGAAUAUUUUGCUUUUACUCAAAAAUAGGCAAACAUGGGUUAUUUCAUCUAAUAUAGGUUUUCACAAAGUUUUUGUAGCUUUAUUGAAAAAUAAAUAUUGCCUCCAGAUUCAGCGUGGUUGUUUAUCUAUGCUUCCAUACGUUUUUGGAACGACUACACCGCACCAAAUAUUGAUCCUGAACUCUCAGAAACUUCGAUGCCACACCUGAUCCAGAAAAAAUUAAGGAUUUGCUUAGUUCUCAUUUGGAGGGGACACGUUGGACUAUAUACCUACGAAAAAAACUGCUAGAUUUCUAUCUCAAUAUCCGGAGAUCCGAACUGGUUUUCUAAAAACCUCCUAGAAAAACGAUCUUUCGAAUAUUUUUCGAAAAGGAUUUUACUUAAGAAACCAUAGGUAAAACUGUUUUCUUUCGAUUGCAGAAAACUCUAGAUCUCUAUCUUUUAUCAUCUUUGAGAUAUUCAAAGUGUACAAAGAGUUAUAAAUCGCCUCAGAGAGCUGUAGAAUUUUCGAAAAAGUCUUCGACAUUGAAUAACAUUUUUAUAUACUUGUAAAGUAGACAUCUCAGGCGACAUGCCCGUAUGUCUAUCUCAAAAGUCAUUUUUUGACGAAAAUUGACUUUUUGAAGGGGAAGGCCUUAAAAACAGCCAAGAUUUUAUUUUUUUUUCCCCAAGUAUAAUAUAUCAAUCGACAGAGAAAAUAAAUGAGUCUUCGGAACGUUAUAAAUUUUAAGCAGGGAAGCUGUCUCGGUACAAAACUAAAAAUUCAAACAUUGAUCUUACGGGUGAGACGAGACGUCAACAUCUGAAAUAAGUCAAAACGAUUUUACAAUGGUCAAUUUCUUCAGAAAACGAUUUCUUACAUAAAAAUUAUACAUUGAGAUGGAAAAAUAUUUAAUUUCAUUACGCGGUCGAUUGUAUCACACGACUCAUUUGCCCAUUUAGUUCAUCUAUUACACCGAUCUUUCUUUCCUACGGAUCCUUGGAAAUGUAUGCUUAUUAGUACUUACGAUAAGAUCCAUUUUUACGUUUCUUAACCCUCUGGCUGUGAGUAACGCAAACAUGCGUCAAGUAAACACGUGUAUCUAUAAAAAUUUUUAAUAAAUUGGUAAUAAACAUUAAUUUAUGAUCAAGUAUAUAACAAAAUAGAAAUUUUAAUUUUUUUAUAAAAGGUUAAAGUACCCGUUUUUAUUAUUAGAGUAGCGUGCCAUAUCGUUUCAGGUAGAAAAUCAAAAAGUACCAUCAGUAAAAGAAUUAUCAUCCGUUGAGAAAGAAUAUAGUGACAACGAUACAAGUGUCGAGGAAUAUAUUGAUGAUCCCCAUCUUUUAUGGUCAUGUAAUCAUGGAAUACUUGUUUAUCAUUCAAUUGAAAAAGAAAAAUGUCUUUGUCCUGCUCAAUAUUAUGGUGUACAUUGUGAAUAUCAAUCACAACGUUUAUCCAUAACAAUGCGUACACGUAAACAAAGUGCAUUAGAAAAUCAAUUAACAUUUAAAUUACAUAUCUAUUUAAUUGAUUAUAAUGACCAAAAGAUUUUAUCAUAUGAACAGAUACCUUAUCUAUGCUUCGUAGAACAAUCGUUUACGUUGCUUUAUGACAGACAAUCAAAACCAUUGAAUAAAACAUAUGUGGUUCGUAUUGACAUAUUUAGUUUAAAAAUAUCGACAAAACAGAAACCAAUUGAAUACCGUACCAGUUAUUAUUAUUCAAUAAAUUAUUUAUUUUUACCUAUUCAACAUUUAACAAUUGAUAUAAUGAUACCAGAAAAUAAUUCUCAACCUCAGUUAUCAUGUUCUCUCCAAUGUGGUAAAUAUGGAGAUUGUUAUGCUUAUUUUAACCAAGCAACAGAAUUUUAUUGUCGUUGUCAUCCGGGCUGGACUGGGAAAACAUGUGAAGAACAGUACAAAUGUCAAUGUUCUCAAGGUUCUCUGUGCGUUGGUGUAAAUCAUCGGACAAAUCAAUCAAUCUGUAUUUGUCAAUUAGAUCGAACCGGACCACUAUGUUAUAUAGACCAAACUUGUGAUUUCUGUGAAAAUGGUGGUACAUGUAUACAAUUAUAUGGUCGAGCAAAUACUGGUUUUCGUUGUUUAUGUACAGACGAAUAUUUCGGAGAUACAUGUAAUACACCCAAAUAUCAAAUAAUACUUAACGGUAUUGAUCAAAUUCAAGCAUCAUCAGUUUUAUUACAUUUUAUUAAAGUAGAUAAAUAUGAUGGUAAUGAGCGGCAAACAGUGUUUAAAAAAAUUAAUAAUUUAUAUCAAACAAUGUUAAAAAUUUAUUAUGCAGACGACUAUCAUCUUGUUUAUUUGGAAAUUACUUCAGUACAUCAAACACGACGAGAAUAUUAUUUAAUUAUACUACAUAAUAAAACAAUAGAUCGUGCUACAAUUGUUAAAACAGUUUUUCUACCUAUAGAGCAAUAUUGUCCUUCAAUCUAUGAUAUCAAGCAAAAUGUAACAUCUAUCGAUGAUCGGUUCAAACGUUUAAAAUAUUACCAUCAAAUAUGUCAAAAAAAUUUAAAACUAAAAUGUUUUUAUGAUGAAAAACAAAUGUGUUUGUGUACAGCAGAAAGUCAUUUAACUGAUUGUUUUAAUUAUAAUCAUAAUCAAACAUAUAAUUGUAAUGAUUAUAAUUAUUGUUUAAAUCAAGGUCAAUGUUUUCAAGAUAAAUUGGCAUGUCCAAGAGAAUCAUUAUGUGUAUGCGACAAUUGUUAUUUUGGUUCGAGAUGUCAAUUUACAACAAUUGGCUAUGCAUUAUCCUUAGAUUCAAUAAUUGGUUAUCAUAUACAACCAUAUGUUCCGGUUAAUAGACAACCAUCAAGUAUUAAAUUGGGUAUUGCAUUAACAGUAAUAAUGUUUAUAAUUGGAAUCAUGUUAAACAUCCUUUCAGCAAUUACAUUCAAUCAAAAAUCGACACACUGUUUUGGUUGUGGUUAUUAUCUCCUAGCAGCAACAAUUACAUCAUUAAUGACAAUUACUGUAUUUACAGCUAAAUAUUGGUUUUUAUUAAUGAUGCAGAUGAAAUUAAUUACCAAUUAUAAAUUUUUAAAUGUUAAUUGUCGUCUAAUUGAAUUUUUGUUGAAAUUUUUGCCUCCAACAGUUGAUUGCCUCUAUGCAUGUGUGGCUAUAGAGCGAUCGGUUAAUGUUACAUUAGGUACAUCAUUUAAAAAAUCUAAAAGUACACAUGCCGCAAAAUUUGUGAUAAUAAUUGUUAUUUUAUUUAAUAUACUAUCCGCUAUUCAUGAUCUUACUCAUCGUCGUUUAAUUGAGGAUACUGAAGAAGAACGUCAAUGGUGUAUUGUCACCUAUCAACAUUUGAAAUGGUUACAAUGGUUAAAUUCGUCUUUAAACAUUAUUCAGUUUGUCGCACCUUUUCUUAUCAAUAUUAUUUCAGCAUUAGUUAUUAUAACUACAGCUACAAGAAGAAGAACAACAUCACAAAGUCGAAUGACCUAUUGUGAACAUUUAAAUGAUCAAUUUCAUCAAAAUAAACAUUUAUUAAUUAGUCCAUUGAUUCUUACUCUUCUAGCUGUGCCACGUCUAAUCAUUUCAUUUUUUUCUGGUUGUAUGAAAUCACAACGACAACCAUGGUUAUUUUUUGCUGGCUAUUUCAUUUCAUUCAUACCACCAAUGACAACAUUUCUCAUAUUCGUCGUACCAUCCAAAUCAUAUACAAAAGAAUUUAAACAAACGAUGAAACGUUACGAUAAAUUAGUGAAACGUCAUUUUACUCUCCAGUAG